AUGGACAUUACUCCAGUGUUCAACGAGCUGCUGCGGAAACGCAAUGCGCCGAUCGUGACCGAGAAGAAGCUCAGUCUCGAAGCGAUUGACGGCUUCCUGAAGGAGGCAUACAGAAUAAACUCCCAUAUCACAGACCUCCACAAUGAGCUUAAAGACGUCCGACAAGCAUACCUCUCGACGGCGCAGCCCCGCAGACACAUCCGCACCAACACGGGCAGCACGACCAAAGAGCCGCAGCAACUUACGGACCGGCAGAGGGAGGAGAUUGACGCCAGGGCCAAAUCGAUGCUCCGCGAGCUCAACGCCAGCAUCCGCGCGCUCGACGAGGCGGAGCAGCUUCGCCGCGAGACGGAGACGGCUGUCAUCCGCAAGAAGUAUGCACGUGGGCUGGGAGCCCUCGGGGCGUGGGCGGCGGGCGAUGUCAGCGACGAGAGUAAGACGGCAGAGCACCUGGCCGCUGAGGCAAAGGCGCGGGAUAUUGGGCUGCACCGCGACGGCGUGCUCUGGAGUCUGCGGCAGGCGUUGCAGCUCUGCGGGCGGACGCAGCAGGAUAUGAUGGAGGCGAGGCUUACAAGAGAGAUGGAGAAGAACAGAAGCGUGCUGGCCAAGGCCGGAGGAGGCAGCGCGAUGCCCGAGUUGGGUGGUUUCUACGAGUCGAUGAAGAAGGAAGCUGCGGCGGCGGCGGCGGCGGCGAAGAAGAACGGGACCGCGACGGGGUUGCCGCCGGACGAGGGCGGGUCGUAUGAUUUCAGGCAGGAUCUCACGGAAGAGCAGAUUCAGAUGUUUGAGAAGGGGAACCAGGAUAUGCUGCAACACUACAACAGCACGUUGGACAAAGUCAGAACGGCGGAAAAGUCUCUGCUUGAAAUCUCGGAACUGCAGACGCUACUCGUUGGCAACCUCGCGACGCAGUCGGCACACAUUGAACAGCUUGUGGCUGACUCGGAGAACAUCACGGAAGACGUUGGAGGCGGUAACAAGCAGCUGAAGAAGGCGACGCAGCGGCCGAGUGCGGCGCGGUAUACAUUUUUUGCGUCGGCGGGAUUGUGCGCGUUCUUGAUCCUCUGGGAUUUGAUUAUAUAA